CCCCGAAGCGUUCCGACAUCUUUCACCGCGAUCGCAUUUUGAAUAUAAUUCUGAAAAAAAGAUCUAGUGCAAACGAUUUAUUACUGUGACAGUGAAAAAAAAAAUAAUAAAAAUAAUCUAAAGAAAUUGUAAAUACCUACAUAAAGAAGCAACAUUUCCUGAAAUGCAACGACGCAAAUACGAGGGAAAAUUUUUUAAAAAGAGAUAACAGAUCAUGUCAUUGUUUUUUUACAAAAUCAAUUAUUUGCAGAAUUUUUGGGGACAAAUAUCUGACAGAAAGAGCGAAGAGAAAGUUUUGCGUGUUAUAAAAAUAAUAUGAGAGAUAUUAAACCAAAUAAUUCGGCGAUAGAUUUAGAUUUUAGUAGUAUUCAUAAAUAUUAAUGACACAUAAAUAUUAAUGACACAUGGUCUUUUUUAUUAAAUUAAUUGAUUAAAAUAAAUGCAAAUAUUUGCAUCAAAAUGAAAGGAUUAGGAGAGAAUAUAAUAGAGUGGGAGAGCUCGGAGUCGGACUUCUCGGAUACUGAGGACUCAAAUGAGUUAGGAGCCAGCGUUAGCCCGAAAAGCAACGCGAUGGACACUAUAGAUAGUGUCAACAAACGACAGGCCACUCGUGUCUUCAAAAAAUCCAGCCUCAAUGGCAAGAUCACGGUCUAUCUCGGCAAGAGGGACUUCGUCGAUCACAUUACGCAUGUUGAUCCAAUCGAUGGAGUCGUCCUGAUCGAUCCCGACUACAUAAAAGAGCGAAAGGUGUUCGGUCACGUCCUCGCGGCCUUCAAGUACGGCAGGGAGGAUCUCGAUGUCCUCGGAUUGACCUUUCGCAAGGAUCUCUAUCUCGCGGCCGAACAGAUCUAUCCGGUGGUACAAGGAUCUCAGCCCCCCAGAGAGCUGACGCGAUUGCAGGAGAGGUUGAUAAAGAAAUUGGGCAGCAAUGCGUAUCCCUUUUACUUCGAAUUACCGCCUCACUGCCCAGCCUCGGUCACCCUACAACCGGCCCCGGGCGACACCGGCAAACCCUGCGGUGUCGACUAUGAGUUGAAAGCAUUCGUAGGUGAGACGCAAGAUGACAAACCGCAUAAAAGGAGCUGCGUGAGGCUGGCGAUCAGGAAGAUCAUGUAUGCGCCAUCGAAACAGGGCGAGCAGCCUUCGGUGGAGGUGAGCAAAGAGUUUAUGAUGUCCCCGAACAAAUUGCACCUGGAGGCCUCCCUCGACAAGGAGCUUUAUCAUCACGGCGAGAACAUAGCUGUGAACGUGCACAUAGCGAACAAUAGCAACCGGACUGUGAAAAAGAUAAAAGUGUCGGUUAGGCAAUUUGCGGACAUCUGCCUGUUCUCCACGGCGCAAUAUAAGUGCACCGUCGCCGAGGCCGAGAGCGAAGAGGGAUGCCCAGUGGGCCCGGGUUUCACGCUCAGCAAGGUGUUCACUUUAACACCCCUCCUGGCCAACAACAAAGAUAAAUGGGGGCUCGCCCUCGACGGCCAGCUCAAACACGAGGAUACCAAUUUGGCGUCGAGCACCCUCGUUGUUGAUCCGUCGCAACGUGAAAACCUUGGCAUAAUUGUCCAGUACAAAGUCAAAGUCAAACUUUGCCUUGGUGCUCUUGGAGGGGAGUUAGUCGCGGAACUGCCCUUUAUUUUGAUGCAUCCGAAACCGGAAGAGGAGGAACCAAUGCCGUCCACAGCUCGACCAAGCCCUACGCACAAAACUGAUAGCGGAGAGGUUCCGCUCGACACAAAUUUGAUACAACUGGAUACGGAGGCGGACGGCGAUGACGAUAUAAUUUUCGAGGACUUUGCUCGUCUGAGGCUGAAAGGCGAAAUGGAAGCUUGACCUUGUUCCGCCGAUUCCUCAUCGAUACGUAUCGAUGCGUUUGAUCGUGUGACUCUUACACCGCCGUGUCGCACACAAGACGGAAGCUGCACAAUGUCGCCAAUGAUGCCAAUAACAGCGAUGCCGCAACAACAAACUUAAACGACGUUGAAAUUUGUUAUCGCGGUAUCGCUGCUAUCCUCAAGUACAAAAUGUCCCCCACACGACGGUGUCCGCGGGACAUUUUAAGAUUUAUCGCGUAGAAAAGUCGGGCGAAAGGAAAAAACAAGAAGAAAAACUUUCGAAAGGGACUCACGUGGUAAAAAAGAAGAUGCUGCAAAAGAGAGGAAUUCCGAGCUGCUCGCUUUUUUUCGGACAUUUCCAGACAAGCUAAACGAAUACCCAAAUCGGAAGUAGCGUCGAGAAAAUUCUUCUUUAAUAAUCGUUCGUCAUUUUCACUGAUUAUCGAAGAUGCACAGAAAAUUGGAGUUUCCUUAACGUUUUUUUUUUUUUUUAAGGUAUCGUUGUUUGUAUAUUUAUUAAAAUAAUUGAGCCACAAUUCAUUCAGUCGUUGUUCUUUGUGGCGCGUGUUCAUCAUUAGAUUGUGGUAGUCUUGAUUUGUGGGAAAGAUAUGCGGCGGUUUUGUGUGAUUGACAUUUAUCACGAAUUUAACACCGUCGUCAUUUUACGCUUUGUCUCCGAAGACUGAUUUUAGAGAGGAAGAACAUCCAAAAAUCUAGAUAAUGAAAUGUAUUUAUUGUGAAACUUUCAACAAUGAAAGAAAGCUGCUGCAAAAUAAUACGUAAUAUAUAUAUAAAAUGAGAUUCGAUAUUUUUCUGCAAAAAAUGCAAAUCGAAAUUAAUUCAAUUAGUUAAUUUAUUAAUUACAUAUUAAUUCAUUUCAUAACCAUUUCAUAAACAUGAUAGCUAUCACUUAAUUCACGACUAAUUAGCAAUAAAUUGUCAGUUAAUUAAAUAUGAGAUUGAUAUAAAUUCAAGAACGUGCGAGAGCCUCAAGUUUAUAGCCAGCCAUUUUUAGUGAUUGUGAUUUUUUAAACACGGCCAGUAUACUGUCUUUAAGUUAAAAUGCGAGAAGAAAAACUUUGUCGAAAUCUCGAAUCGAUUAUCGGUGCAAACAAUAAAUGCAUGCAGUUAGUGCGCGUUGCAAAUAUUGUUUGCAAACAACAGAACAAACAAUCCUCGAAUUAGUUCCAGUGAAGAAUUAGUUUACAGUAAAUUACAGUUGAUAAAAAUAAUUGGUCGCAAAAGGAGAUUAAAAAAAAGAAGUUAUUUUAUAUUUUUGUAGAAAACUACGAUAUACAAAUUUGAUUCUCACAACAACGAGACUGGGAAAUUAUUAUCCCGCGAAUCUGUAGGAAAUCGAUGCUCUAAGGAGCCUAUUUAGAAGUGUUUAAUGUGACAAUUUGAUCGCGACAAAAUGCGCGGAAGAGAGAAGGAAAGAUGACGUUUCGAAACGCAAAUGUCAAUUCAUAGAUGUAUUUAUGGAUAAUUUGUAGUACUUGGUAACGCUGUAAGAUUUGUAACACUAAAAUCCGUUGCACGUUCUCCUUUCCCUUCCUCCUCCCCCACCCCCACCCCGCUCCCACUUCUAAAAAACACCCGAUUGAUAAAAUUAAGGCGGCGCGAACAUCAUUUUAACACAAUCGUAAAUACCUACGAUGGUACGCGUACUUCAAGACUGCUCGAGAAUUUAAUUUUCGCGCAAUGAAAAUGUCGCGUAAUCUCGGUUCGCCCGGUAUUAUAAAAUAAAGUUGUUUAGCAGAGAGUUUAAUAUCGAUUGCCUAAUUCAAUCUCGAACGCGAAGAUUUUUGCUACAAAAAUCGACGAAAAUCGUCGAAUAAUCUCCGCCAUUUAAGUAGCAACGUCACGGCAAAUCAUUUAUGUAAGAAUUUUUGGAACAAAUUAUUUUUCCUAA